AAUGAACAAGUGAAUUUUGGAGGUGGGUGAGAGAGAGUUUUUUUUAUUCGAAGUUCUUAAUCACUUGUUGUUUAUGAUUAUGCCAAAGAUGCGAGUAUCACUGUUUGGUUAGAACUUAGAAGUAUUUUUGAGCAUGUGGGUUCGUUAAAUUUGCUAUCUUUUAUGUUUUCGUGUGCUUAAUCUGACUUGAUUUUGUUAUUUGGAUGAUAGAGAGUUUAAAGUUGCAUAAGUGAGUAGAUCUGAGUCAGAAUUUUUCAGUGCAUGUUUGUUUAUUCUGUUUCUCCACACCUGGAUAUUGAUUUUGAUUUGUUAAUAAAUAUUGGGGGGAUUGUCACAGAAAGAAGGAUGAAUCUCAACGUCAAAGUUCCGAAGCUGCCAGGUGGUGGUGCCAUUUCUGCGUUGCUUAAGGUUGAGAUUAUCGGUGGGCUUGGUCUCUAUGGUGCCACACACAGUCUCUACAAUGUUGAUGGUGGACAUCGUGCCAUCAUGUUCAAUCGUUUAGUCGGUAUUAAAGAUAAGGUUUACCCUGAAGGUACACACCUUAUGGUGCCUUGGUUCGAAAGGCCGGUCAUCUAUGACGUUCGCGCUCGACCCUACCUUGUUGAGAGUACAUCCGGAAGCCGCGAUCUUCAGAUGGUGAAAAUUGGGCUUAGGGUUCUCACGCGUCCCAUGGCAGACCAGCUACCUACAAUCUACAGGAGCCUUGGUGAGAACUACAGCGAGAGAGUUCUGCCUUCUAUAAUCCACGAGACUUUGAAAGCUGUGGUUGCUCAGUACAAUGCAAGCCAGCUUAUUACUCAGAGAGAGGCGGUCAGUAGGGAGAUCAGGAAGAUUCUGACUGCACGAGCAGCAAACUUCAACGUCGCGCUUGAUGAUGUGUCCAUCACGACUUUGACAUUCGGGAAGGAGUUCACGGCUGCCAUUGAAGCAAAGCAGGUGGCAGCUCAAGAGGCCGAGCGGGCAAAGUUCAUCGUCGAGAAGGCUGAACAAGACAAGAGAAGUGCAGUUAUCCGUGCCCAGGGAGAAGCCAAGAGUGCUCAGCUCAUUGGUCAAGCAAUUGCAAACAACCAGGCUUUCAUAACGCUCAGGAAGAUCGAGGCUGCAAGAGAGAUUGCGCAGACCGUAGCUAACUCGGCGAACAAAGUGUACUUGAGCUCAGACGAUCUGUUGCUUAACCUACAAGGGAUGAAUUUGGAUGUGGAUGCAAAGAAGUAGAGAGGCUUAAGUAAAAUCCUAUGUGGUUCAUGUCGUCUUUUCAAUUCCUCAGAUCCUUUCGAACAAAAGCCUGAUAUGUAUUACUAAACACUUUUUUAAGGUUGUUCUUGUGAUCUAUAUCUCAAGGUGAAUGAAAAUUGGUCUUCCAAAGAAAAAGAAAAAAAAAACUGUUUGCUGAUUGAGUUAAUUGUAAUAAACUUAUCGUUUGGGGAGUAAAAAUUCUAUGAGAUUUGCAUUUGGAGUUAAAUGGCAAUAUUGUGCGAACGAAGAAAAAUGGUAUAUUAUCGAAGCCUUUAAAUUUU